AUGGGGCCUGUGGAAGAGAUGGAUACCGGAGCCGAAGGCGACGGUGAAUCGGUCGCUGAGGAUAAAAGCGAAACUGGUAUCAGGACGGGGAAAAAACGGGAGCGAAACUCUCCAGAUCCGAGGGACAGCCAAGUCAAGAAGAAGAAAGACUUGAAACAAAGCCCGCCACAAGUACCAGCAGCGCAAAACAUCGAAAAGAAGAAGGCGUCUGCUUGGCAAACAGUUCUGUCAAGGAAGGAACGCAAGAAGCAGAGGAAAGAUCAGCUCCCAAAAGAGCCCCGACCGGAACCUAAGCGGAAAAAACCGCGAAAAGUUACGAGACCGGAUGCAUUGAUCAUUCGACCUGUCGAGAAGGCAAAUUAUGCCGAGAUACUGCGCCGAAUAAAAAAGGAUGUCCCUGACGAGCAGGUCUGCAAUACGGUUGAUAAGAUCCGUAAGACCAGAGACGGAAAUAUGCUCAUAACGCUCUCUAGAAGGAGCACUGACAAAGGACAGGCCCUGCAGAAGACAAUCGCGAGCAUCCUCAAAGAGGAAGCUGAAGUCAUCAGUAAGUGCCCACAAGAGCAACUAGAGAUCCGAGACCUCGAUGAUACAACGACCACAGAUGACGUAUUGGCGGCAUUACAAAAGGCAGCUGGAGAUAGCUAUAAGAUACCAAUAGGAGCUAUCAAAAUCAGACCGGCCUACAGAGGCACAAAAUCAGCGCUUGUGACACUACCAACAGCAACAGCGCAGACAGUACUCGGAGAAAGGGGCAAGAUCAAGAUCGGCUGGGUAAACUGUCGGGUCAGAGCGGUGAAGAGGCCUCAGCCAUGUUUCAAGUGCUGGCACUACGGACACGUUGCUGCUCAGUGUAUAAGUGAAGUGAAUCGAUCGAAGUUGUGCAUCAAGUGCGGACAAGCAGAUCAUCAAGUAGCUAAAUGCCCAAAUAAGGCGAAGUGCAUGCUAUGUGCUGAAAAACCCAGCUCAACGGAUAUUACUCACCGGGCUGGCUCCAGUCAAUGCCCCAUCUUCCAAGAAGCACUUCAGAAGAUUACAAAUAAGAGAGCAUGA